CACUUCCGCUUCCUCACGGGCGAGGCGGGUAGUUCGAACGUUUCUCCUUCGAAGGAGCCUGGCGGUUGGCGCGAGCCCCACCACCCUCGGUGGCGGCGCGGCGAAGGUCGAGACCAAGAUAUGUCCGAGAGGCGGACGCGGUCCGGCGGGGCCGCCCAGGGCUCCGGGCGAAGGGCCUCACCUCCUACUCAGUCUCUGCGGAGGUCCCAGCGGAAAUCAGGCUCUGAUAUUCCCAACAUCCUCCCUGAAAUCUGGCCGAAGGCACCUCAUGCGACUCCCGUCAGAAAGCCCAUCGUCUUGAAGAAGAUUGUGGCUCAUACUGUAAAGAUCCCGUCUGUCCACUCACCUCGAAGGAGCCCUAGGAUUGCUUUUUCCUUGGAAAAAGAAAACAACCCUCCUACCAAGGAGCCUGCUAAGGAGGACCUCUUCAAGGAGUGCAGCGUCCCUGCCACUCCUGUGCAAAGCCCAGAUGAGUCAAACGCCACUGAAGGAGACCUGGACACCAGAGACUUGGAAAUGUCCAAGAAAGUCAGGCGGUCCUACAGCCGGCUGGACCCCCUUCACUGUGCCUCCACCUCCACCCCAGGCCGCCCAUCCUGCUUUGGCUUCGAGAGGCUGCUGGGGACAGAAGACCUGGCCGGAGUCUCACCCUUGGUGUGUUCAAAGUUAACCGAGGUCCCCAGGGUCCCUGGGAAUCCUUGGGUCCCGGACACGACUCUCCCCGGAAUUUCCCCACCCGUGAAAGAGAAAAAGAAGAAGAAGAAGGUGCCGGAGAUCCUGAAAUCGGAGCUGGAUGAGUGGGCUGCAGCCAUGAAUGCUGAGUUUGAAGCUGCUGAGCAGUUUGAUCUCCUGGUUGAAUGAGAUGAAACUGGGGUGCACCUAGCCAGACUUCCUUCCCCCUGUACAUAGCCUCUUCUUCCUAUGGAACAGACACUUGGGGUCCCCUUCCCUGGCCUUGCUACCUGUGCAUGUGCUGUUGCUGCACGUGAGGUUUGCCCUUGAGUGUUUGUGUGGUGGCAGCUGUAGGAAAUAGGGUUUGCCUGGCCGGUGUCCUGGCUGUAGUCAGUGACCCACCAUCGUCUCCUCCCUACUUCCUGCAGUGUCCUGGCCAGCUUCCAGUUGGGCUACAGACUUGGGAGGGAGAAUCCCUAGCCCAGCCGGAAGAGCCUACAGGGCUGGGGAUUGUGGGUGAGAGCAUCUCUACUGUUGCUGGGGGAUGUGUGGCUGCCCUGUGCCAGCCCCAACAGAAACGCAUCAGCCCAUGUGGCUCAGUGAUUGAGCAUCGACCUAUGAACCAGGAGGUCACGGUUCGAUUCCUGGUCGAGGCACAUGCCUGGGUUGCGUGUUGAAUCCCCAGUGUGGGGCGUGUAGGAGGCAGCCGAUCAAUGAUUCUCAUCAUUGAUGUUUCUAUCUCUACCUCUCCCUCUCUGAAGUCAAUAAAAGUGUAUUUAAAAAAAAGAAACUGGCAUCUGCAGCCAGAGCUGCCUCAGGCUCUCUCCUGAGUUGCCUUCUGUUGGUGGCUUGGUUCCAUCGGUGUAAAAAGGCUUGGGUUUUCUUAGAUUCUGUAGAUGGUCCAGGAGACAAUUUGUGGAUUUGGGACAGUUCUAUCUGUGAGGAAGAAGCUGGGCACUCAGGCAGUAGAGUCGGGUUUAGAAGGAGAGUGGGAAAGCCUUAGUUGGCUUUGGACCAUAGGCGUUUACUCCUUAGAAGCUGUAUUUUAUAUUUCUGUGUUCUGCUGUUGAGGUAUUUGGUUAAAAACAAGGCUGAUGGAGUGCUGGCUGUGUAGGGCAAAGGGUGCAUUUGGGGCUGUGGCACCAGGUACCACAGGUCCCAGCCUCUACAGAACCUGAGGCUCGGCGGGGAAGGGGCCCAUGGCAGGAGGUGACCCCUCUUGUCAUGCACACCUGUUUCUUACAAACUAAAGUUCACAGUCUAUUCAGCUCUAGAACAAAAACAUAUAAGUUAAGCCGUCCUAGUCCCACUAGCAUUUUGCAGCUACACAUGUAAAGUUCUAGGAAGCUUUUCUCACGGUUCAGAAGGGGCAGGGGUUGAUAGCAGUGUUAACCUUCAGCUUCCUUAGUGCCCUGUCACAGGAGGACACUGCCUGAGGCAGGUGCUAGGAGUUGAGCUAGGGGGCAGAGAAAGAUCAUCUUCGUGCUUUCAGGGAACCCCACUCCCACCAUUUCUCUUCUCAAUGCUGGUAAAAGGUGUGCUUUCAAAGACUGCCCAACCACACUUUGCUCCACCCCCCAUGUUUUGAACCUUUGCACAUUUACAGGUUUGUGGAAGUAGAGGCUAGUGAAUAGCAGAUUCAGGGAAGAUAUGCUUGGUUCAGUUACCUGAACGGCGCUAAUGAAGCUCUUUACAAUGCCUGCGAGUCCCAGACUACCUGUUCAACGCUUUGUGCUUUGUCAGAUCUUACAAGCAAGCCCCUUUGUCAGGGUGGACCAGAUGUCCUUGAGCUGGACCACACCUGAAGAAUUCUUGUCCUCACUGGCUGGUGGGCAGGACUCCUGAGAAUUGUUUUAGUCCUGUAGAAUCAGGAGUAGCCAGAUGAUGUUGAGUUAAUGUCAUUGCUGCAAACUUCUUCCUGAAAAACUAAGAAUGUGGAGUUUAAGGGAAAAAUAUGUUCUUUGUUUUAUUAAUAAACCUGGUUGAAGAGUG